AGGAACCGAGCGGCUGUCGAGCUGAAACGAAACUAACGCGGUUUUAUUAUUUAUUUUAUUUAUUAUUUUGUAAAACAGUGUAAGAUAAUGGAAGGUGAACGUCUACAGAACGACCACAAGUAUCAGGACGUUAGAUAAGUAGCAGUAAGAACGAGGUAGAAACAGAACCGACGGACGGAACUAUGAGAAGUUGUAGGCGAGCAGGGAAAUAAAUGUCGCUGAGCUCCGGAGCCGCGCAGCCUCUGGCGGGUCCUCUCUGCUACUCGCUGCCCGAGUUUGAGGCCUCGGCGGCGGGAUGCAGCACCGUGUUGAUGUCGGUCAAAGUGACGGUGAGUCACUCCGGGAUCCGGCCGCUGUGUUUACCCGGAACCGCGGACGAAUCUCUGCGGCUUCAGCUCAGCAUGGACUCGGGACGAGCGGGGGAAUUCCGGCUGGCUAUCAGACACUGCAGCGGAACUAAUCCGACUAUAGCCGAGUUCGAUCUCAGGACGCUGCACUACGAGGUUAAAACUCCCCACAGUCACGAACUCCGCCUGAUCGCGCCUCCUCAUGACCGGAUCACCUUCAACUUCCGCAGCGAACAGGAGGCGCAGGCUUGGGCCACCGUGGUGAUGUCAUCACUCCGCGAGGCCCAUCGAGUGGCCACUGGUUUCCUCACAGAAGAUGGUCAGCCAACAUCUCAGCCUCUGGUUGCCCCCAGCUCGGCCUCGUCCUCCAGUACGGAUGAACUGUGUACGGAACUGGUUCGAGCUGUAGAAGCCGGUGAUGUUCACGCCGCAUCAGUGUGUGCGGAGUCUCUGGCUCACCGGCGCACCGCGUUAUCUAUCCAGCUCUCUCGCAAACACUAUACACACACGGCCAUCAGUUUGUCAGUGGUGGUGGAGGACGCUUCCUCCUCCUGUUCUGUGACGGUAAAGGUGUUACCCUACGCCACGGUGGAUGAGCUCAAACAGCAGGUGUUUGUGCAGUACGGUUUCCAUCCUCAUGUUCAGCGCUGGGUGAUCAGUCAGUGUCUGUGUGCCGACUCCCGCUCUCUGGCUUCCUACGGCGUCCAGAAAGACGGAGACACGGCGUUCCUGUACCUGGUGUCUCGACAGAAUCCACAGAACCAGGAGAACGUUCAGAACGCACCCGCUUUCACCUCCUUAUCUUCAUCUUCUGGACAUGAACAGAACGCAGCCAACGGGCCAGCGGCACCGUGGAGACCCUAUAGCACUCUGCCCACCCGACUGCACCCUAACCACAACCCCACCGGCGGCAGUCAUUUGAUCAGGGCGGAGAGGUUGGGCGUGCGUGAAAUCCACGACCUGAUUAACCUGGAGAUGCCGCAGCUGAACGACGCCCUGGCGCCCAACAGAACAACCGUCCGGCUGGGCUGGGCGUGUCCGUCCUGUACGUACGUUAAUAAGCCGACGCGCCCCGGCUGUGAGAUGUGCAGUGCAGACAGACCCGAGAGUUACGCCAUACCUGAAGAAUACAGACCAGACACACUGGAACUGCGGCGCAUCCAGCAGGAGAAAGAAGCCAUCAGACAGUACCAACAGGCACAGGAGGCAGAGCGCAGGGAGAACUACGCCCGGCUGGUGGAGACAGACGGACAGGAGUUGGUACCGAACGCCGAAAACGUGGAGUGUAGGAUCUGUUAUUUACACCUCCAGCCAGGAGAGGGAGUCCUGCUGAGAGAGUGUCUGCACUGCUUCUGCAGGGAGUGUCUGCGCUCGGUGAUCAUGCUGUCGGAGGACCCUCAGGUGGCGUGUCCGUACAGGGACGAGGCGUACGCAUGUGACUGCACGCUGCAGGAGAGAGAGAUCCGAGCUCUGGUUUCGGGGGAGGAGUACCAGCGCUGGCUGCAGAGGGGGCUCUCGGUGGCCGAGUCACGGUGCGAGGGCAGUUAUCACUGUGCCACCACGGACUGCCUGGGCUGGUGUGUGUAUGAGGAUACGGUCAAUACCUUCCACUGCCCUGUCUGCAGCAAGCACAACUGUCUGCUCUGCAAGGCAAUUCAUGAAGGGAUGAACUGUAAGCAGUACCAGGAUGAUCUGGCAGCUCGUGCCAUCAAUGACACUGCAGCCCGGAGAACCAGGGACCUGCUAAAGACUCUGGUCAAGUCCGGCGAGGCGAUGCACUGUCCCCAGUGCGGCAUCAUCGUGCAGAAGAAGGAAGGCUGCGAUUGGCUGCGCUGCACUGUGUGCCACACAGAGAUCUGCUGGGUCACCAGAGGCCCGCGCUGGGGUCCCGGGGGUCCUGGAGAUACAAGUGGAGGCUGCCGCUGUAAUGUCAAUAAGCAGAGAUGCCACCUGAAGUGCCAGAACUGCCACUGAGAGUCAAAGCAAAGGAUUGAGAGAUUGAAUUGGACAUAAUAUUGCGUUCACAUUACGUCUGUU